AUGAAGGACAAGGACAAGGACAACGACAAGGACAAGGACAACGACAAGGACAAGGACAAGGACAAGGACAAGGACAAGGACAAGGACAAGGACAAGGAGGAGGAGGAGGAGGAGCAGGAGGAGCUCAGCAGGAGAUUUUACCCACCGCAACACAUCGAUCAGCACGAUACGGGAGCACCACCACACUACAUUAACUAUACAAAACUCAUAUCAGCUGUCACGACAUCCACGCAUCCACAUAUACCCUGGCGAUGA